ACGAAUGUGCAUAUAGAUUUCUCUUUCUUUGAUUAUUUUCUGUGAUUCUUCAUAAAACAUAACAAAUUUAUAAUUUAUAAAUGUUUUGCAGUCUGGCAUGGAAGUUCUGACUGUGUCACGGGAAGAUUUAGCAGAGAAUCUAAAUAAUCUUCAAAGCAUGUAUACUUGACAAAUGUACAAGUGUGCUAAGAGAUUUACCGUAUUUUUAGGUAAGAUAUUACAUGUCACUGAAAUCCUAGCGCUAGGACGGUGGUGUUAUUUUUCCCAUGUUCGCAAAUAUUUUACAUUUGUAACUUUCCCCUAUCAUCGGCACGCUUGCUUAUCCGAUUUUCGUUUCUCUCAUUAGUUCUAGAACGUCCUACAUCGCAGAUGUCAUAUCUCGAGCACUUCCUUAAAGAAACGACAAGUAGCACGCGUCAUGGAAGCGUCGACAGUGUGGAAGGAGACAUCGAGGACAAUCGUGCACCUAGUAUCACGAGCAGCAAGAGUAAUCUGUCUGAACUUAGUAUCGAUCCAACUUCGCCAUUAUCCCACGAACUUUUGAACAAAUCUUCGUCCACUCACGGUCAAGCCAAUUUGCAACCAAAGCCUAAGUCACACCAAUUUCUCGUGCGGACGUUUUCAGCGCCUACAAAGUGUAAUCACUGCACGUCUUUGAUGGUCGGUUUAACGAGGCAAGGAGUCGUGUGCGAAGUGUGUGGCUUCGCCUGCCAUAUGCCUUGUUGCGACGAAGUACCUCCGAUGUGUCCUGUGCCCCAUGAUCAAACGAAACGACCACUGGGGAUCGAUCCUACACGUGGAAUAGGUACUGCGUACGAAGGAUAUGUCAAAGUGCCUGUAACGAUCCGUUCUCGCUCAACUCUUCCCGGUUCUGGAAUUCCGGACAGGACUCCGGCGG